AUGGAGCUGCUGGAUACAGUUGGGGACUUUCCAGAGCGCUUUGUUGUCCGGAGGCCCUCCAGGUCACACUCGACAAUGUCGCUGUCUGUGCGGCCGCAGCGGCGCGUCCUCGUCGCCAAGAUCAAUAGGAGCCAGUCGUUCGCAGGAGUCAACUCGUCGGUGGAGCGGCCCUUCAGGAACCUCUCGUCCUUCACCCCCACCGUCUCCCGCAAGGCUGGCUCCAGGGUCAGUAGGAUGUUCUCAAUGUCCCACAAAUCCCCGCCGCCCAAGGUGCCUCAGCCCAACCGCCUGGAUGAGGUGUAUGAAGCGCUGAAGAAGGGCCUGACAGCCUACCUGGAGGUGCACCAGCUGGAACUGGACAAGCUCAGCACCCAGAUCCGCGAGUCCAAGAGGAAUUCGCGCCUGGGCUUUCUCUACGACCUGGAUAAGCAAGUCAAGUCAAUUGAGCGCUUCCUGCGUCGCCUGGAAUUUCAUGCUAGCAAGAUAGAUGAGCUCUAUGAGGCCUACUGCAUCCAGCGGCGGCUCCGCGAUGGGGCCCACAACAUGGUCAAGGCUUACAGCACAGGGUCYCCGGGCAGCAGAGAGGCACGUGAGAGCCUGGCUGAGGCCAGCAAGGGCUACAAAGAGUACACGGAGAACAUGUGCCUGUUGGAGAGCGAGCUGGAGAGUCAGCUGGGCGAGUUCCACGUCCGCAUGAAAGGCCUGGCAGGUUUUGCCCGCCUGUGCGCUGGUGACCAGUAUGAGAUCUUCAUGAAGUACGGACGGCAGCGGUGGAAGUUGCGGGGCCGCAUUGAGGUGAACAGCAAGCAGGUGUGGGACAGCGAGGAGAUGGUUUUCUUGCCCCUCAUCACCGAGUUCCUCUCCAUCAAGGUGACGGAGCUUAAGAGCUUGGCCAACCAUGUCGUGGUGGGCAACGUGUCAUGUGAGACUAAGGACCUCUUCGCGGCUCUACCUCAGGUAGUGGCCGUGGAUAUCAAUGACUUGGGUACCAUCAAACUCAGCCUGGAGGUGACCUGGAACCCCUUCGACAAGGACGACCAGCCCUCGGCAGCCAGCACGGUGAACAAGGCCUCCACGGUGAACAAGCGCUUCUCCACRUACAACCAGAGCCCGCCUGACACGCCGUCCCUGCGGGAACAGGCUUUCUACAGCCCGGCGCGGGCAGCCGCCAAGCACGGCUGGUCCUUGUUGGACAUCUUUCGGGAGACACUCUUCGAGAAGCUGUCUCAGAGCUGCUCCUGCGGCGACGUCUCCUCGGUCGAGCUYGGGAGAUGGCCGCAGCAGGGCCGUAACAUGCUGCGGCGCCAGGAGGAGCUGGAGAACGGCACCGCCUGGUCCAUCUCCUCGGAGUCGUCGGACGAUUCCUCRAGCCCCCAGCUGUCGGGCAGUACCCGGCACACGGUGCACAAGCCCAUCGUGCAGCCAGAGGUGCAGGCCUCGGCCCCUGCCAUCGAGAUCUCCUUCUCCCAGCAGCAGGAGGCCGGCGCUGGAGCCGGCGGCGCCRCGGGAGCAGGGCUGCCCGACCGGCCGGAGGAGCAAGGCAGCUCCAGGAAGGAUGUGGUGGCCAACGGGCAUGUGCCCUACUCCCGGACACUAAGUCACAUCAGCGAAGCCAGCCUGGAUGCCACCAUGGAGGCGAAGGCUGUGGAGAGCCUGUGGGAGCCCUCUCCAAGCCCAGAGGACUCUGGCCCGGGCGAGCCGGACACAGACUCCCUCCCUGGUGCCUCAAACGUGGUGCCGGCAGCCUGGGCAGGCCAGGACAGAGGCCUCGAGGCCAAGCCCCGCAGCGUGGUGUCGUGGGCCGAGCCUUGCGAGGUGGAGGCCACGCAGGCGGAGCCGGUGGCCAGCCAAGUGCCAGGGCAGGCUGGCUGUGACACCACAGCGCCCACGCCGGCCGCAGGCCCGGCACGCGCUCCCACGGAGGAGAGGCCCGUCCAGAGCCCGCUCCUUCCUGCCGCCCCGCCGGAGGUGCCGCGGGUGAAGGCCGUGGACUCAGGCUUGGAGGAAGCCAUCAGCCUCCUGGGCUCGGCCCUGGAUGACUAUCGGGGACAGUUCCCAGAGCUCCAGCCCCUUGAGCGGGAGCUCAAGCACCUGGAGGAGAUCCUGCUGCACAAGCAGGGCCUGUUCCUCAGCCGGGCCUCCAGCAUGAGCCUCACGGUGGAGCACGCGCUGGAGAGCUUCAGCUUCCUCAACACCUCUGACAUGGAGGACUCGGAGGGCUCUGAGGAGGAGGCCGUGCGGGACGAGAGGAGGGCUGGCAAAGCCCGCCGUGGCAGCGGGGCCCCCAGCGCCUCUGAGAUGGGGGCGGACGACGCUGGCCUGUGCAGCUGCUCCGAGGGCAGCACGGACCCCAUGAGCACGGGCAGCGAGUUCCUCGACAAGUCCCUCGUGCUUCAUCUCAACGCCUGUAACUGCCUGCUGCUGAAGCUGGGCACGUUCGGGCCGCUGCGGUGCCGGGAGAUGUACGCGCUGGACAGGCUGCUGCGCGAGGCGCAGGUGCUGGAGAUCGUGUGCCAGCUCACGGAGGAGCGAGCGGGAGCAGCCGGCUCUGCUGCCGAAGUGGUGCAGUUCUCAACGCAGAAGGAGGGGGUGCUGCCCCUCUGGGACCUCUGCRUGGAGCCUCCCAAUGUCUACACCUGCCCUGUGGAGCGGUUCCUGCAGGUGCUGAGCACCCAGUACGCAGCGCUCAUCAACGAGCGGCACCCCGGCCUGGCCGACGCAGUGUGCGUGAAGCUGGUGGAGGACGUGCUGAACCGGCGGCUGCCCCGGCGAGCCGGCAGCGCCCAGAGCGAGCAGGUCACCAUCUUCCAGUACUGGAGCCACUUUGAGUCGCUCAGUGCCCUGGUGCUGGACGCCUACAUGAUGGAGCUGGCGGAGGAAGUGCUGCUGGCGCAAAACCUGAAUUCGGACGACCAGGACGUGGUGCUGCGGGCGCUGAAGCGCGUGCCCGAGGGCCGCCUCAAGAAGGAGGGGCUGAAGGCGCUCAGCCUGCUCCUCGUGGAGGGCAACAGCAAGGUGGUGAGCGCCGUGUCGGCGCAGCUCCGCAGCCUGGCGGAGAACCCCCGCUUCCGCCAACGGGCCCUCGUGUGCUACCUGGCGCAGCUGGAGGACGAGGAGGUGCAGACGCGCGUGGCCGGCUGCGCUGCGCUCGGCUGCCUCAAGGCCAAGGAGAGCAUCGAGCAGCUGGUUUACCUGUGCCAAACGGACAAGGAGCCCGUGCGGGAGGCGGCCAAGCAGAGCCUGAUGCUGUGUGGGGAGGACGGCAAGUCGGCUCACCGGCGCCUGGAGGAGACCCUGGACAGCCUCCCGCGGAUCUUUGCGCCYGCCAGCAUGGCCAGCACAGCUUUCUGAGGCGCCGCACGUCCCUCGGGGCCGGGGCGCCGCUGGG